AUGCUUGGAUGGCUAAGCAAGACCUUUAAGAAACUGUCCAACAAUGAGAAUGGUCUUUCCUUCCCCAAAGCUGUUGCAUCGGGAAAGAGUGAUACUACCAUCGAGCUCUCCUCACUCGGAAAGAAGUUUAAAGUCAAUAGAGAAUCGGUUCGGAAGGAGAGUCCUGAAUUUGCCAAUCGUUGGUUCCAAGGUAAUAAUACUGACAAAUUUACGAUUGAGAUCGGGAAAGAGAAGGAAUUUAUGGAAUGUAUUCUAAAUUAUUUGAGUAAUGAUCAUUUUGAAUGCUCGAUAGAGAGUUUAAUGGGCGUAUUAGUUCUUGUGCUUGAAUAUGAUUUCAAGGAAUGUAAAGAAAAAAUUGCAUCACAUUUACAACGAAACAUGAAACCACUCGAUUCUCUCGGUUACUUUACGGUCAUGUACAAUCAUUAUGUGUCACGUGAUAAGGCACCUCUUGAUGUGCACGAACAACAGAUCAUGACAAGAGCAGUUUUUACAAUAUUAAGGUACUUUUUCGAGCUCGAAAAGAAUGAACAAUCACGGAAAAUAUUAAUUGAGCAAUUCAACUCUGGUCACAUGCUCUACAUUUUCAAGCAUAAUACUGUCAGUGGAAUUGUGGUUCCAUCUUUGCAAUUUUUACGAUUUCUCUCUGAGUGGACACUGUAUGACUUGCAAAAUCGAGGAGAUGGAUUAACUGAACUUGUUGAAGUCGAAAAGAAUAUGAAAUAUGGAGUAGUGAAAUGUUCUCACAUCGAUACAUUCAAGGAAUAUGGUAUCAAAGAAAGCGAAACUUCUUCAGAGUUUAUUCAUGCAGAGGAUGAUUUUAAAGUGGAGCCAAAUAGUGACCAUUCUAUCAUUUCAAUUCAUGGAACUGCCUCUCAAUAUGCGUAUAUCAAGAUUUAUAACAACACUGAGAUGAAUUUUGGAGUCUACACAUGGCGAAUUAAGGUAAACAAGUUUGUUUUUUGGUUAGGGAUUGGUGUCGCCCUAAAAGAAAAAGUUGAAAACAAAGUAUUUGAUGACUUUGUUUCGCCAUACAAGAGCCAUGGCUGCUACAUGUGCUCUGCCAACUCAUACCGAUGGUUGCCCACUGAAUAUUUCUCAUCUUCAUUCCCAUUUGAAACUGGUGACGAGAUUGAACUGACAAUGGACUGUGAAAACCGCAAACUUACUUUCCGUAAUCUCUCCAAGUCGGCAAACAACACUCAAACCAUUUACAAGAUCCAAACACCAGUCUACCCAUCCAUUGUGAUGGGAGGACAAGAAGAAAUUGAAUUUAAAUGGCGUUCAGAACCAAGUGUCAAGAUCAAUUAA